AAAUGCACAUGCUUUGAAUACACAAUUGUUGCCCGGCAAAAUGUUGGACGUAACCGUUACCAGUCCUAGUUUUAUCGACAUGGACAUGUUUGACCUCUGGAUCGAAGGCUUUUCCAUUCAGGAGGCACGGGUCAAACUACAAGCUAUGCCUCAUGCAGAAGAAUUUUCCAUGUCACCGAGUCUGCUGGAAAUCCACAUUCGUGACCACUACUCACAGUUCGCCGUCCUCGAAGUUGGCCUUCGUCAUCCUGAUUCUUUCGUUCAAGCUUGUGCUUUUAAUCAGCUGUCUGUUUCGAUUCGUAAGCAGCUGAUUCAGAAGUACUAUUCAGUUGAUGAAAGACUUCUCCGUGAAUUGGUCGGCCGUAAACUGACGAACAAAACCAGACGUGAACUGUCGGAAAUCACCGAACGAUGUGAACUCCGUCUACCUAGCUGCAAACGACAAUUUGAUAACCUGCUUUGUGUGGUGCGUCGCACCGAAGACUUGCCCGGCCGCCUGGUGGACAAUAUCCAAGCUUUGUUCCUUCUCCCACCGUGGCUUUCUGAGUUCUACGCAGCUGUCGUAUUUAUUAUUACUAAUCGGUUUGAGGUAUCAAAACGAAGUCUUUCCUACAUUACCUUCGGUGAUCUUACCUACUGUGCCGGACAGCUGAUGGCUCAUUGGUCUGUUUUGGCCAAAGACUUGAAAGACGAUUCGUCAGGCGUUGACUUGGAUCUACAAUUUUUCCAUGAUAUCAAAGAAUGCAAGCCGCUGGUGGAGAAAAAAGACUAUCUGGAUCGACAUAAAUCAAUGGUGAUUCGUACGCUACAAGAAAAUAAGGAGAUCAAAAUUUUGCCAACCGUGGAGAGCAAUUUUAAGCCGAUCUCCAAAGCUAUUGUCACAAUCGCCUGUGGUCUUUCACAAGCAAGAGAAAUGCAGGACUUCUUCCUGGACAUCGUGGAGAAAAUUGUUGAACUCAUGCGUGGUUUGAGGUGGUCUACACGAGACGUGAGGCUUUUCUUUGAGGCUUACGCAACAACCGCCACGCUUCUUCCUCUUGCCAAAUCCGUGUCUUUCAAACCCAUUUGGACCCGCUUCAUUGUACCUUUCGCAAGCUGCGUUGAACAGUUACAUCACGAAUGAAUCAAUCAAAUGAUACAAGCACGAACUAGUCACUGAUUCGUUCCCAUUUGUCGUUCCUUCUUUUUGUAAAUUGAUAUGAUCAAACAGAAGUUUUUGC